CUUCCUCCUGUAUUCCUUCUUCCUUCCACUACUGUUUUGCUUCACCAUCUUCCAAAAAAACGAUUUGUGAUUUUAUGAACCCAAAUUCAAAUUCAAUUAUGAACCCAAAUUCAAAUUCAACUAUGAUCGAAUUCUAAACACAAUUAUGAAGUAACGACGAUGAACUCGAAGCUUUGUCAUUUGGGGACUUCGAUGGAUACGAUUCGCUGCGAUUCCGAUAUCUUCUGAUCUCCUACUUCCUCUUGUACACUGGGAAGACAAGAUUCGGGUAUCUGUAACAGUAACUUGAAUCUGGUAAGAUAUGGACAAAAUCAAUGGAUUGCCUGAUGAUUUGCUGGUGAAGAUUUUAUCGUAUGUUCCAACGGAUAUUGCUGUAUCCACUAGCAUUUUGUCUAAGCGAUGGGAGUUUCUUUGGAUGUGGUUGCCUAAUCUCGACUACACUUCUCGGUGGUGUAGAAAGCCCGGUGACGUUGGACUUAGGGACUUUAUCCACAAGAAUCUGCCAUUACAUAGAGCUCCCGUCAUAGAAAGCUUGCGUUUUCAUUCUAAUAGCCCUGAUAUUAAACCUGAAGAUAUCAGACGAUGGAUUGAAAUUGCAGUUUCACGCCAUGUACAUGAUCUUGAUAUUGAUCAUUUUUCGGAGAAUGAAAACAUAUUCCUGAGUAGCUUUUUUGCCUGCAAAUCGCUCGUGACCUUGAAACUAAGAAGCGUGACUCUCAGGGAUAUUCCCUCUAUGGUUUGUCUCCCUUCUCUGAAAACUUUGCUACUUGACAAUGUGUCAUUUGUAGAAGGAAAAUCUCUUCAGGAGCUUCUAUCUAUUUGUCCUGUUCUUGAAGAUCUAUCGGUGUAUUGUGAUGACUAUGAAAAUACAAAAGAGUUAACUAUUGUUGUCCCGUCUUUGCUGAGUUUAUCACUCUAUAUACCUGAUGAAUGGUUGUUAGAUGGGUAUUGGAUAGAUACUCCUUCUUUGGAAUAUUUGAAACUUGAGGAUUGGAAUUCUUGUGAUCACUUAUCUUUGAUUAAGAAUAUGCCUAAGCUGAGGGAAGCAUAUGUUGAUGCAAAAUGCUUUCUUCCCAAGAGUGUCAUUGAAUCAAUCACAUCUGUCAAGCAUCUUACAAUAUGUUCAAAGGUUCCAUUUCUAUCAACUGCAGGUUGUCAAUCUAAAUUAUAGAACUCUUUGUUAAUAAUUUUGGUAUUGUGGCCAGGAUGGGUAUGGUGAUGGUUUUGUUUUCAACCAGCUUGAACAUCUGACCCUAUGUGUGUGUAGAGGGGAUUCGCCGAGUCUCCUUGGCCAGUUACUCAAGGAUUCUCCUAACUUACGAAUAUUAGAAAUCUCUGUAAUGGAAGAUCAUGUGGAUGAUGUGGGUAUUAGUUUGGAUGGUUGGAAUCAACCAAGUUCUGUUCCUGAAUGCUUGUUGUCGAGUCUACAAAUUUUCAAGUGGCCACAGUACCUUGGGAGACCAGAAGAUAGAGAUAUUGCGGUUUAUAUUCUGAAAAACGCUCGUCACUUAAAGAAGACAACAAUCUUGGCUGAUAGAUGUGAACGUUUUGUUACACAACGUCGGAUGAUCAAGGAGUUGCUUCAAGCAUUGCCAGCUCGUAUUUGUUGAGGACUUGAAAUUGAAUUAUAUGAUGUUUUCAUGUGUAGAACAUAAUUCUAAUUUUCCAGCUAUCUCGUGUUUGUCCAGCUAAGUCAGAUUGUUCCAAAUUUUAAUAUAAAAUAUUUCAAUUGUGGGGUUUGAUAGGUAUUUUUUCGUUUACGGGUU